GCCCCUGCAUAUCGAUACCCGAUUGCUGGCAGCAGCACGUGCAGUUGUGCCUCGUUAGUACAUUUAAUUUGCCCUUACUUUAGCGCCCCAUGGAGAAGUCUGACAAGAAGGCGGCUCGCCGCGAGGCCAAGGAGCGUCGCCGCAAGUUCCUGGAGGAGGAGCAGCUGGACAAGGUGGACGCCGGCCUGGCGGCGCACGACUGUUGCGGCGAUGCCUUCCGCGACUUCGACGAGCACACCCAUGAGGCCUGGCUGAUGCAGUGCCCCAAGGGCACGGAUCCCCGCCAGCUGGCCGGCAAGCGCUUCAAGCUGCCCGGCAAGAAGCGCGUGGGCAACCUGCGAGUGCGCGCCGUCGGCUACUCGGCGCCCCAGAAGGAAACCAUUGGCUAUGUCAGCUCCAAGGGCAAGUAUGCCAUCCGCAAUCUGCCCCUGGCCGGCUAUGUGGUGGUCAGCCAGCGUCCGAAGGCCCAGCAACCGGUCGCCGGCGAGGAGGAGCAGGAAUUCCCAACCAUGCCGCCGCCACCCAAGAUCCUGGUGCGCAAUCGUCAUCCCCUGUUCGGCAGCGACUACAAGGAUCGCAUCGAAUUGCCCGAGGAGAUUGCCAAGACCCUGCGCCAGGCGGACAAGAGGAAUCUGAAAACCAAAGCCAAACUGUCGCGCACCGCCAACUACUACACGAUCCGCAGCAAACUGCUGGCCUCCAGCCAAACGCUGGAGCAAAAGGAGCAGCUUGUGCGGCAGUCGGUGCUCACCGGCCACAAACCACAGUUCAUGAAGUCCAUAGCUCUAAACGACCAGUCGGAAGAGGAAGCCGCAGAGGCGGCGCCCGUCAAGAAGAGCAAAAAGAAGAAAAACAAUGGGUCGGUAGAGGAAAACGGCUUUGAACAGGUGGAGAUCAAGGAAGAAGAUGCCAUCGCCCCCAAGAAGCAAAAGAAGCGCAAAUCAAAUGGCAAAAUCUUGGAAAAUGGAGCAGAAAAUGCCUUCGACGAUGUGGAGAACAGGGAGGAAGAAGUCGUCGCGUCAAAGAAACAGAAGCGUAAAUCAAAUGGGCAAGUGCUGGCGAAUGGAGCGGCCAAUAGCCUGGACGAAGUGGUGGUGAUCGAGGAUAAACCUGCAUCCGUCAAGAAGCACAAGAAGGCUAGGGACAACGAGGUGGUUGUCAUCGACGACGACGUCGUGGAGGUGAAAACGGAGGAGGACGCGGAGGCCCCGCCGCGCAAGCGCAAGAAGCAGAAGGCGGUAGAAUAGACCAGUGGUCAGCUCCUCUGUAACACUUAGUUUUUACGUAGAUUAGGAAAAGUUUUUUUCUAUUUUAGUAAUGUCCGUGUUCUGCAGAACAACAUGAUAAAAUUGUUACGCCAGUUCUGCCAAUAAUGAUGCAAAAUUGUUGCGUUGUGUAUGGAUGUGUAAAAUAUUGAUUAGAAUAAAUUGAAAUAAUAUUUAAAAA